AUGGUCACGGCCGCUGGGGGCGGAAAUGCUAAGGGGAGAAAAUGGCAUAGCGACGCGGCACACGCUACCACGCCCUUUGUCGGCGACGGCGUCAAUUAUGCCAUGCGAGACACCGUCAUUCUUGUGGGCAAGCUGAAGGAGUUUGGUGUUACUCCAAAGACCGUGACUGAAUACGAAAAGGAAAUCUUCCCAUACGCCAUCGAUGUCAUCGAAAGGAGCAUAGCAAGCGGCAAACUGUUUUUUGAAGACGACGCCCCUCGAUCGUUUUCACAGGCUAUGUCGUCCGCAAGCCCGUUGAUUGGGAAAACAGAUGAUCUCUGA